AUGAAAAUUUUGAUUUUAUUAUUGUUGAUCACCCAAAGUUCAUUCGGCGCUGAUGAAAGUUGUCGCACCGCAUGCUAUAAGGAUAAAAUACCGAUGUGUGGUGCAUGGCUGAUCGACGAUAACUCGAACGAUUGUACGGGUACUUAUCAGGUAUGGAAUAGUUGUUUAGCUUUUAGUUCAGAAACUGCCAUAAGUGUGGUUGGAAUCGAGCGUUUCGAAGUGAUGCACAGUUCGCUGAGGUAUGGCCGGCCUGGACACAUCGAAAUUAAGGUGUGCGCAAAUCCAAAACCAGAAAUCGUGUGGCUUACCAGAGGAGCUGUCUUACAACCAGGUCAUAGUACACACCGUAUGAGCGCACUGCAACUGAUGCAGUUAAAGAUUCGAGAUAGCAAACGUUCACAAGGACCGGCAUUACCAGUACCAUAUUGCUACAAAACAUAUUUGGUGAUUGGCCGAGUUGAGAAACAAGAUGAGCAUAUUAAUGUGAUCGUUCGUAAUGAAGUUUAUAUCUCGGGACUCGUCUAA